AUGACUACAACCCAAAGAAGUGAAAGUAUGAAUAGCAUUGUGAAAAGAAAAAUUGAUUUUACUGGAAUUUUAUGUUCACAUAUUUUGAAAAUAUUUACGAUAAAUAAUAUCGUAAAGAUUCCAAGUAAGUUCAUACGAAAAAGGUGGACACGAGAAGCUAAGGUUGGAUAUUUUGAAGUUAAUGAUUCAACUAGUGACCAAACUAGUUUGUCUACGAAAGUAUUGCAAAGUACGCGAUAUCAUGAACUGUGUGUAUUGUAUGUUCAGCUGGUAAUCAAGGCAGCGGAGAGGAAUGAUACAUAUAAGGUUGUUAAAGAUGAUAUUUUGCGUACGUUGAAGUCGAUGGAUGAGAUGUUACAAGUUGGUGAGUCAAAUGCCACAAAUAUUUUAAAUGAGGUAGAAAUUGGUGUAAGAGACUCUCAUGGAAUUAAAGGGAUUAAAAGGAAGGAGAAAACGGUAUCGGGUAAAAGGUUGAAAGGUGCCCUAGUAGAAUGUCAAAAAUAA